UUGGGCUCUGAAUUACUACAAAAUUAAAAAUGCCGAACUGCUACUUAAAGACCCUGAAGUGGUCGUAUAACAGAAUCAGGAACAGAGACAUCUUCAGACAGUCAGUCUCCCUCACCUACAGAGGCAAGGACAACUUCUCCAACUUCGCAGGAGGCCUGGCUACUCUCAUAAUGUUGUUAAUCCUUCUGGGUUACACUGUAGUUUUACUUAGGACUAUGUUCAAGAGAACUGAUGUGAGUUGGAACCAGAACUCUAUUCAGACUGAUCUCAGGUAUGAUGAUACUGCGCUUGUAUGGGAUAAAGAAGACCCUGAAUUCAAAAUAUAUUGGGAUGCUUACAAAGAUGUAGGUUUAUACGAAGAAGUGGAUACUCCUGAAAAGUUAAUAAAAACUAAUUAUUAUCAUCAAAGAAAUAUUCGAAACAAUCCCACAAGAAAAGAUACAAUUCCUAAUCAAAAGAUCACACAUACUUUAAUAAGUAAGUUUCAUUGACUAUCUAUUCCUGAAGUAAUGCUGUUUAUAGCUGAUCUGGACUGUAGCAACAGUUUCUUAACAUCAGAUGAUUCUCUGGGAUUUGAUGGUGAUGCUGCUCCUCAUUGUCCCAACUUUAGCGGGCAUGACGUUCAAGGUAAUGAAGGAGGAGAGUAUACACAUUCUCUGAUAUUUAUGACUUUUAAUAUUUGAUACGAAGACUGGAAUAAAUAUAACGGGACAUACUAUUGAGCAGACAAAAAGAUAUCAAAAGCUAUUGUAAAGAACUCGAUCAUAAGAAUCCAUUUGAAUAACAGAUAUAUUGACCUUAAUAAUAUUGAUAAUCCUAUUCAGAAGUACUAUGACGAACCAUUUCAAAUUCAGUAUAAAGAAGACAAGCGGACGACUGUGAAGUUCAAGCUGAGAAAGCACGAAGUCAUCCUUGAGGACUCCUUCUUCCCUCUUCCUUGGGACACAGAGCCAAAGUACUUCAACAGUAUUGAAGACUUCCAGAUCUUUGAGGAGAACAUAGUUAGUGGGAGUUUUGGUACUGUACGUGUUGAAAUCUCAAGAGAUCCGCAAGUUGACCAACACCAACGUAGAGUACUUAAUUUCCUUGAAGUCACAGGUGUUCUCGGAGGUAUCUUCGAGAUUUUCGAAUUAGGUUUUGGAGUACUCCUUGGGCUCUAUUCGUCAUUAAUGUUCAAGAGAAAAAUUUACAAAGAUCUUGUGAAAUAUGAAGAGAAGUUUAAAUUAAUGCAAAAGUGUAUUGAAAAUCUACAGUCCCGGCUUGAGAACAGAUCCGAUUCAAAUAACAUUCAAGCUCAACCUGAUAAUCAGAUAAUUAAUGAAGAAGUAAAGGAAGAGAUGUAUAACAUCAGAGAGAAAUCAUCAAAUAAUUUGAAUGAAGAAUCCAAGCACAACUUGAUCCGUCGCUUUAAAGAAGAAAUUAAAGCUCAUCAGUCAGAUUUUUAAGCCUCUUGAAGAAGAAGGUUCCUUUCAAAAUGAGGAAGAGAAUAAUCAGCUCAGAAAAGAUGUGGAACAAAAUAACCUUUAUUUAAACCUUGGGAACCAAGCAGCUCAAAAUCUUCAACAUAUUUUACAUGAAAAGAAACUUAGUGAUAGUAAAUUCAAAUAG